ACUUUAUGAGAGGAUGUUAAGUCUACUUCCUUAUAGAUAUCAGACAACACAGCAGAGUCGUGCUAUGUGUAUAUAUAUGAUGAGGCAAUCACUAGGAUUCAAAAGAAGGCUAACUUGGUACAGCAGAAAAUUAAAGAGAGAGAGGCAUCCAUUUUAAACAGUAUACGGCUAGACAUGCUGUCUAGAAAUAUUCUCAACUGGGUGGUGCUACUGACCCUAGCUACCGUUACCAGGAGCGAGCACUAUCACAUUGUGCCAGUGGAUUCAACUGACUUAUGUAAUGGAUAUCGAAAUGGAACUUGUUUUACUCUCGAGCAGUUUGUUGAAACCGACUUGUUAUCUGGUGGAGACAAUCUCGCCUUGAGCUUUCUACCUGGAGAUCAUGUGUUAACUGAGCAGUUAUGGAUUCGUAACUUCUCACAUGUGCAUCUCACUGGCCUGCCGGAAAAUACAACUGUAGUCAGAUUCCAUAGCAAUGGUGUAAUACGUUUUGUUAGUAUUACCAAAUUGAGCAUUGAACGUUUUGGUUUCAUUGGAGUGAAUUUGGGAUCACCAAACUCACAUCCAGGAUUGAUCGUUGACAGUGCCCACGAUGUCUAUAUCAACGACUGCUACUUUACGAACUUUGAUUUACUCAAUCAGGCAGAUAUAGUUAAGAUUACUAAUACUCAAACUGCAACAAUUGAAAGCACUCUCUUUAUGAAGAACAUUGAUCGGGCACUGCACAUCGAGGCUGAUGAUGUGUACAUAACAAAGAGUGUGUUCACUAGAAAUGAUGGAGGUGCAGUUGACAUUCAAUCAAACAACACACAGAUCAACAACACAGAGUUCAACUACAACAGUGCUGAGAAUGGAGGAGCAGUAGAAGUGAUAUCUGGUACUGUAGUGAUCACUUGGUGUAACUUUACAAAUAACAAAGCUUCUCAGGAUGGUGGAGCGCUUUAUGUUACUUCAGGCAGCAGUGUGACCAUAUCCGAUAGCAACCUGAAAAACAAUGGAGCUAAUUGGGGUGGAGCGAUAAAUGUUGAUUCAGGCAAUGUAUCUAUUUCCGGCAGCACACUGAUAAACAACACUGCUAUAAUGAAUGGUGGAGCUGUUGAUGCUUCUUCCUCAAGCAUUGUGUCCAUCUUUAACAGUAUAUUAACAAACAACACCGCUGACAGGAGUGGUGGAGCGUUUGGUGUUACUUCAAACAGCCGUGUGACUAUAUCCGAUAGCAACCUGACAAACAACGGAGCUAAAAUUUCAGGUGGAGUGAUAAAUGUUGAUUUAGGCAGUGUAUCUAUUUCCGGCAGCACACUGACAAACAACAUUGCUGCAAAGAAUGGUGGAGCUAUUGAUGCUUCUUCCACCAGCCGUGUGACCAUAUAUGAUAGUAACCUGAAAAACAAUGGAGCUAAUUGGGGUGGAGCAAUAAAUGUUAAUUCAGGCAAUGUAUCUAUUUCCGGCAGCACACUGACAAACAACAUUGCUGCAAUGAAUGGUGGAGCUAUUGAUGCUUCUUCCUCAAGCAUUGUGUCCAUCUUCAACAGUAUAUUAAGAAACAACACCGCUGAUGGGAGUGGUGGAGCGAUUGGUGUUCAAUCAGGCAAUUUGAACAUAUUUGAUAGCAACUUGACGAACAACAGAGCUAAAAUUUGGGGUGGAGCGAUAAAUGUUGACUCAAGCCGUGUGUCUAUCUCCGACAGUAUACUGACAGAUAACACUGCUGACAGUAGUGGUGGAGCUAUUGAUGCUUCCUCAAGCAUUAUGUCCAUCUUCAACAGCACACUGACAAACAACAGUGCUAAAAGGAAUGGUGGAGCAAUUGGUGUUACUUCAGACAGCAGCGUGACCAUAUCCAAUAGCAACUUGACGAACAACAGAGCUAAAAUUUCAGGUGGAGCGAUAAAUGUUGAUUCAGGCAAUGUAUCUAUUUCCGGGAGCACACUGACGAACAACAUUGCUGCAAUGAAUGGUGGAGCUAUUGAUGCUUCUUCCUUAAGCAUUGUGUCCAUCUUCAACAGUAUAUUAAGAAACAACACCGCUGACGGGAGUGGUGGAGCGUUUGGUGUUACUUCAGGCAGCCGUGUGACCAUAUCCGAUAGCAACCUGACAAACAACAGAGCUAAAAUUUGGGGUGGAGCGAUAAAUGUUGAAUCAGGCAGUGUAUCUAUUUCCAAUAACACAACACUGACAAACAACACUGCUGAUGGGAGUGGUGGAGCGAUUCGUGUUCAAUCAGGCAAUUUGAACAUAUUUGAUAGCAACUUGACGAACAACAGAGCUAAAAUUUGGGGUGGAGCGAUAAAUGUUGAUUCAGGCAAUGUAUCUAUUUCCGGCAGCACACUGACAAACAACAUUGCUACAAUGAAUGGUGGAGCUAUUGAUGCUUCUUCCUCAAGCAUUGUGUCCAUCUUCAACAGUAUAUUAAGAAACAACACCGCUGACGGGAGCGGUGGAGCAUUUGGUGUUACUUCAAGCAGCCGUGUGACUAUAUCCGAUAGCAACCUGACAAAAAACGGAGCUAAAAUUUCAGGUGGAGUGAUAAAUGUUGAUUUAGGCAGUGUAUCUAUUUCCGACAGCACACUGACAAACAACAUUGCUACAAUGAAUGGUGGAGCUAUUGAUGCUUCUUCCUCAAGCAUUGUGUCCAUCUUCAACAGUAUAUUAAGAAACAACACCGCUGACGGGAGCGGUGGAGCAUUUGGUGUUACUUCAAGCAGCCGUGUGACUAUAUCCGAUAGCAACCUGACAAAAAACGGAGCUAAAAUUUCAGGUGGAGUGAUAAAUGUUGAUUUAGGCAGUGUAUCUAUUUCCGACAGCACACUGACAAACAACAUUGCUACAAUGAAUGGUGGAGCUAUUGAUGCUUCUUUCUCAAGCAUUGUGUCCAUCUUCAACAGUAUAUUAAGAAACAACACCGCUGACGAGAGUGGUGGAGCGUUUGGUGUUACUUCAGGCAGCCGUGUGACCAUAUCCGAUAGCAACCUGACAAACAACAGAGCUAAAAUUUGGGGUGGAGCGAUAAAUGUUGAAUCAGGCAGUGUAUCUAUUUCCAAUAACACAACACUAACAAACAACACUGCUGAUGGGAGUGGUGGAGCGAUUGGUGUUCAAUCAGGCAAUUUGAACAUAUUUGAUAGCAACUUAACGAACAACAGAGCUAAAAUUUGGGGUGGAGUGAUAAAUGUUGAUUCAGGCAAUGUAUCUAUUUCCGGCAGCACACUGAUAAACAACAGUGCUAUAAUGUAUGGUGGACCUGUUUACAACAUUGCUGCAAUGAAUGGUGGAGCUAUUGAUGCUUCUUCCUCAAGCAUUGUGUCCAUCUUCAACAGUAUAUUAAGAAACAACACCGCUGAUGGGAGUGGUGGAGCGAUUGGUGUUCAAUCAGGCAAUUUGAACAUAUUUGAUAGCAACUUGACGAACAACAGAGCUAACAUUUGGGGUGGAGCGAUAAAUGUUGACUCAAGCCGUGUGUCUAUCUCCGACAGCAUACUGACAGAUAACACUGCUGACUACGGUGGAGCGAUUGAUGCUUCCUCAAGCAUUAUGUUCAUCUUCAACAGCACACUGACAAACAACAGUGCUAAAAGGAAUGGUGGAGCGAUUGGUGUUACUUCAAACAGCAGCGUGACCAUAUCCGAUAGCAAUCUGAUAAACAAUAGAGCUGAAAUUUGGGGUGGAGCGAUAAAUAUUGACUCAGGCAAUGUGUCUAUCUCUGACAGCAUACUAGAAAAGAACAGUGCUAAGAGGAAUGGUGGAGCAAUUGAUACUUACUCAGGAAGUGUGUCCAUCUCCAACAGCACACUUACAAACAACAUUGCUGACAGGAGUGGUGGAGCGAUCGGUGUUUACUCAAGCAGUGUGUCUAUCUCAGACAGCACACUGACAAACAAUCGUGCUGUCGCGAAUGGUGGAUUGAUCCAUUGUGACCUUGGCAGUACUGUGUCCAUUUCGGACAGUAUGCUGAAAAACAACACAGCUACCUCUGGAGGAGGAAUAUUUCUAAGAGUGAGUACACUCUCUGUAAAUGAGCCAAUAAAGAUCAAUCUCAACACAGCACACCAGGAUGGUGCAGGAAUUUAUGCUCAUUCUAGUAGAGUUGAUUUUCAAUCUGCGUCUGCAAAUAUACGAAGUGAGAUUGUUGACAACAUUGCUGGAAAUGGUGGAGGUAUUUAUGCAGUAGCUACAACCAUUAAACUAACACACUCACACGUCAGCAUCGGCUCAAACACCGCAACUGCUAGUGGAGGUGGAGUGUUUCUACGGCAAAGUUCAAGACUGUACUUAUUUAAAAAAGACCAUGAACAUGUAGCAAAAAAGAAUCAGCAUAAAAUGACGUUCGUAUCAUUAUUGAUCAACAACAACUCGGCUCAGUAUGGAGGGGGAAUAUUUGUGGCGGAUGACACAGAGAGUGGUGCCUGCAGAGGAGGGGUCACAGAAACUGGUGCUAUUCAAACUAUUUUUGAGGACUGCUUUAUUCAAACAAUAAACUUAAUGGAACCCGAACCCAAAAUAAACCAUUUCAACACAUUCAUGACUAAUAACACAGCUACUCAGUCAGGAGCAGAUAUCUAUGGAGGUCUGUUGGACAGGUGCACAGCAGAACAAAAUGCUGAAUAUUACAAUUCUUCAAAUGGAUUGGACUACAUAAAAAGAACCGUAAAACCAUAUACUGAGUUAUCAAUUUCCUCUUCGCCUAUUCAAGUAACUUUUUGCAACCAUUCACAAAGUGACUAUGUUUUCACGAAAAAGGGACACACAUACAAAAUCAAUGUUAUGGCUUUUGACCAAGUUGGAAAUCCAAUCAAUGCCACAAUUCGCAGUUCUGUUAUCACUAAUAGUGGUGUUGGUCGUCUCAAAGAAGGACAAUCUGAACAAGUAGUUGGCAAUCAAUGCACAGAAUUAGAGUACAAUGUAUUCUCACAAGACAGCUCUGCUCAAGUAGAACUCUAUGCUGAUGGUCCAUGCAUGAAUUUGGGAAUUUCGAGACAAGUUAUUAAUAUUUCUUUUCUACCCUGCACAUGCCCUGUCGGACUAAAACCAAUUCAGUCCGAUAUUGAGUGCAAAUGUGACUGUGAUCCAGACUUGCAACAACUAUAUCAGAUAACAAAUUGUUCUGAGGAAAAUGGGUCCAUAAAGCUGGAAAGUAAUAACAACAUAUGGAUAGAAUUCAUAAAUACUCCCAACAAAACAGGGUAUGUUGUUAGUAACUGUGCAUUUGACUAUUGUGUAGAAAAACCAAUCAACAUCAGUCUAAGCAACCCUGACGAACAGUGUGCCUUCAAUCGAAGUGGUGUCUUGUGUGGAGAAUGUGAACCAGGACUCAGUCUUGUGUUGGCUACGUCAAACUGUAAAGAAUGCUCUAAUCUCUACCUUCUUCUACUAAUUCCAUUUGCACUGGCAGGCAUAUUGCUAGUUGCUUCAAUUCUCGUACUCAAUAUCACUAUAGCAACUGGAAAUAUUCAUGGCCUCAUUUUUUACGCCAACAUAGUAGCUGCUAAUAGAGCAAUUUUCCUUCCUAGUGUAAAAAAUGUUUUAACAGUUUUUGUAUCAUGGGUGAAUCUUGACUUGGGAAUCGAGACUUGCUUUUACGAUGGAAUGAACUCUCAAGGAAAAGCGCUCAUUCAACUUGUCUUUCCCACUUACCUAUUUGUUCUAAUGCUUCUUAUUAUACUUUUGAGCAAGUACUUUGACUCAUUUGCAAAGCUCCUCUCCAACAGGAACCCAGUUGCUGCCCUAGGCACACUUGUCCUACUCUCUUAUUCUAAAUUUUUACGGUUUAUUGUUGCAGCACUACAAUUCACAGAAUUGCAUUAUCCUGACGGUUCGACCAAAGUUGUUUGGCUGUACGACGGCAAUGUGCAAUACUUCACUCCCAUUCGCAUCCCUCAGUUUGUUGCUGCUAUCAUAAUCCUCAUUGCCGGUGUAUUGUUCACUGUACUGCUCUUCUUUGGACAAUGGUUUCCUCGCUGUUCCAAGGUUAUGAUAUGCACCAAGAACACAUACUACAAUGGUUUCAUGGACGCAUACCAUGCUCCAUUCACUCCCAAGCAUCGCUACUGGGUGGGACUGCUUCUCUUUGCUCUGAUUGUUUAUAAUUUAGUAGCUGCUAUGGAUACAGACACUUCUCUCCCUGUUCUAUCAGCUGGGUGUAUUGCAUUCGGACUGAUAGCAUUGAACAACCGAGUGUAUAAAAAGCGAUUUAAUGAAUAUUUAGAAGCAUUAUUUCUACUUAAUCUCGGUAUUCUAUCUAUUGGGACUUCGUAUGUUGUUGAAACACACCAACAGCAAGAAACACUGACCAUUGUUUCGAUGCCUAUAGCUUUCAUCCUUUUUGUGAUAAUAAUCAGCUACCAUUUCCACCACUUCAUACUAAAGAACACCAAAAUAUGGCUUAAGAUAAAGGAAGUCACAAGAACUGGUACUGCAGACAAAAAGAAUCAACAACCUAACAACGCCAUGGCAAUGCAUCAGCUUGCAGCCAAUGAUGAUGAUGAGCAAUUUAAUAAUGCUGAGCAAAUACACAUUGUGAAUCCACCCCUUUACACUGGUGGAGCCGUGGAAGAAGCUGACCCUGAUCGCUACAUCACUCCUCCCAUCAUCAGACCAGCCACGAGGCCGGAACAGCUGAGACUCUCCUACAUGGAUGAACUAGCCCCCAUCACCACAGAGAACUACAGACCAGCCCCUCUCCCUCAAAGAGUCAACCGUCGUCCUACUGUUACACACACAGAAAUCGCCGGGCCCUUUGCGCAAUGAAGUGUGAACUGCCUUACUUGGUACAAUUUUACAUGUACAGCUUAAAACAAUGUUCGUUUUCACUAGUUAUCUGCAUGAAUAGUUAUUUGCUGUUGUUGACAAUUUUAGUUUAAAGAGAGAUUGGCUUUCUGUAUUAACACUGAAAAAAUGGUUGUGCUACAUGUAUAUAUAAUUAUGAUUUGUAUUGAAUAUUUCA